UGAUCCGUAGAGAAAUGACAUGUGCGAGUCGCUGAUAAGUACCACCAACCCAACUGAUUUUGCUCAGAAUUCACUGCAUCUGGCCGGGAGGAUGGACGGAGCGUUAGCUGUGGUUCUGAUGCUGUCAGCAAUGGCAGUGCUCCUGUUUGGUGUGGAGAGCCAGCAGAGGGUGUGUUACUCCGGUCCCCCACCGGAACCUGAUCCUGAUAACCCGGAUCACUGGAUGAAGCAAGUCAUGCAAGAGAUCCGGAAGAAUUGCCCGGGAAGGAGACAACCUACCCCAGCUGUUACGGAGAAACCGUGCACCACAGCUAACAGUACAGACCCAGAGUGGCGACUGGUGUUCAAAGGCGUAGCAGGAACUGGAGUGAAGCUGCAUGACAUGUGGACCGCAAUGAACUGGACCUCGAGUUAUGAGGCCAGUGGUCAUUGCCGUGAUAAUUCACUCUACCAAGCCUGGCGCAACGGGCAGCUGAAUGUCCGACGAGUAAAGCUUUCUCUGUAUGACAGCUCGGGGGUGAGAGCCGAGUUGAUCUUCAAUGGAACCGGCUCCGACAUCAAGAGUUGGUUCACGCAGACCCGCCUGAUUUCAUCUCCCUGGGAUGAUCUCAAAUCGGCUCAGUUUACCGGAAGUGUGGGCAAUGGCCGGCUCUUCAGUAUCGACGGUGAUGUUCGACUGUUAAGCCUGGAUCGGCGGUUUUUCAUCAACAACAACUACGGUUCAUGUGCGGGGGAUAAAGGCUGGCUGGUUGUGACCGAGUCUGCCGCGCGAGUGCACUGCCCAUGGGAGACAGAGACGGCAGCAUAUCCCCACCCUAUCAUACUCUACAGCACAACCAACCAGACGGUGUCGUGGGACGAUGUGCGUUCAAACGGUGCAGCAGUUGGAAGGGCAGAUAGCCUUACCAUCCACAUCAUGCUGAGUGAGCCUGGAUCUACAACUACUGCGCGUCCAGAGGUGGAGGGGGAGCAGUGAUCUUAGCCCGGCCCCUCCAGGCUCCGAUAAAUUGUUUUUGAAUUAAUUAACGGAUAUUAAAAUGCACCUUUUUACACUUGUGCUAUUCACAUUGCUCUUGGCCGUAAUUCUUUAACCACGCAUGUGCGGAUCUGAAGACUAGUAGCAUAGAUUUACUACAUAAGUACAACUUAUUUCGCGCCAUUUAGGCCUACUGAUUAAAAAAAAAAGAUUUCGUUAGUUCGUAUUUUAAGGACAGAUUGUUUUUCUUGGUGAUAUGACGUUCAAGUAUUGGAUGUUUAACAAAAACUGAAGGAAACGUCACUUGAAGACAGAAUUUCGGAAACGUUUGAACACAGAAAUAUUCAGAGCUCAUUAAUUCGUUAUUUUGUAAUAUUUUCAUCACUGAGAUGAGUGUUACCUUGGCAACGAUUCGCUCAAAGGCAUGGGCGAGAUCGU